GCUAAUGAAAAGUUUGGCUGACAGGUCUGCCUCGUACCCUUGUCCCAACUGAGUUGGAAGGAGCUGCUGGUCACGCUCCCUGGUGGCACGGGCACCUGCCUGAGCGUGUGCUUCAGCUGGCGGUUUCAUCCCAUUUGUUUUUCAGAUGAUCACGCAACAUAGAGGCACACCUAGGCCCCCGAGAGCGCCUCCUUUCUGUGUCGUUGUCAAUGACACUGUGACACUUGCCUGGAGGGCACUGGGGGGCUGUGGUGUCUGAACAGCAUAUUUUGCAGGAUGAUUUUGACAACGAUGUUGAUGCUCUGCUGGAAGAGGGCCUCUGUGCUCCCAAAAAGAGGCGGAUGGAGGAGAAAUACGGAGGAGACAGCGACCACCCGUCAGACGGAGAGACAAGCGUGCAGCCAAUGAUGACCAAGAUUAAAACAGUGCUCAAAAGUCGUGGCCGCCCACCUACGGAACCACUGCCGGACGGGUGGAUCAUGACGUUCCAUAACUCCGGAGUCCCUGUGUACCUGCACCGAGAGUCUCGGGUGGUCACCUGGUCCAGGCCAUACUUCUUGGGAACGGGAAGCAUACGGAAACAUGAUCCUCCUCUGAGUAGCAUCCCCUGUCUGCAUUACAAGAAAAUGAAAGACAAUGAGGAAAGGGAGCAAAACAGCGAGCUCGCCCCCUGUGGAGAGGUGUCUCCUGCCAAGCCCCUGAGCCGAUCUGCAGAGCUGGAGCUCCCCCUGGAAGAGCCCGACUCCUUGGGGACUGACUUGGGGCCCCCAGAUGAGAAGGACCCACUGGGGGCCGAGGCUGCCCCCGGGGCCCUGGGGCAAGUGAAGGCCAAGGUGGAAGUGUGCAAAGAUGAAUCAGUUGACCUUGAGGAGUUUCGGAACUACCUGGAGAAGCGCUUUGACUUCGAGCAAGUUACCGUGAAGAAGUUCAGGACAUGGGCUGAGCGUCGGCAGUUCAACCGAGAAAUGAAGCGAAAACAGGCUGAGUCAGAGAGGCCCAUCCUGCCGGCCAAUCAGAAGCUCAUCACUCUGUCUGUGCAGGACGCGCCCACGAAGAAAGAGUUUGUCAUCAACCCCAAUGGGAAGUCGGAGGUCUGCAUCCUGCACGAGUACAUGCAGCGCGUCCUCAAGGUCCGCCCUGUGUACAACUUCUUUGAAUGUGAGAACCCAAGUGAGCCUUUUGGUGCCUCGGUGACCAUCGAUGGUGUGACCUAUGGAUCUGGAACGGCAAGCAGCAAAAAACUUGCGAAGAAUAAAGCUGCACGGGCCACGCUGGAAAUCCUCAUCCCGGACUUUGUUAAACAGACCUCUGAGGAGAAGCCCAAAGACAGUGAGGAGCUGGAGUAUUUUAACCACAUCAGUAUCGAGGACUCGCGAGUCUACGAGCUGACCAGCAAGGCUGGACUGCUAUCUCCAUACCAGAUCCUCCAUGAGUGCCUUAAAAGAAACCAUGGGAUGGGGGACACCUCCAUCAAGUUUGAAGUGGUUCCUGGUAAAAACCAGAAGAGUGAAUAUGUCAUGGCGUGUGGCAAGCACACUGUGCGCGGCUGGUGCAAGAAUAAGCGAGUUGGGAAACAGUUAGCUUCCCAGAAGAUCCUUCAGCUGCUGCACCCACAUGUCAAGAACUGGGGGUCCUUGCUGCGCAUGUACGGCCGUGAAAGCAGCAAGAUGGUCAAACAGGAGACGUCGGACAAGAGUGUGAUCGAGCUGCAGCAGUUUGCCCGGAAGAACAAGCCCAACCUGCACAUCCUGAGCAAACUGCAGGAGGAGAUGCGGAGGCUGGCGGAGGAGAGGGAGGAGACGCGGAAGAAGCCCAAGAUGUCCAUUGUGGCAUCUGCGCAGCCUGGCGGCGAGCCCCUGUGCACUGUGGACGUGUGAUGGUUGGUGGUCCGGGCUCAGGGGCUGCCAGCUCCGCUGCGGGGGAGACCUGCCCUCACUCUGCAGCCCCGGGUCUCCAGUCCACGGUCCCCCGCCACUGCCUGUCUGACAGCCAGGUCCACGCAGCUCUUCCUUGGGGGCCACCCACAGGUCUGGGUGGCCAUGUUAAAGCAUCGACUCAGCCUGCCACGCAGGUGGACACAGAGAGGUGGGAGGUUGACAUGGACCUCUGCUUGUGUGGACAUGCUGGACUGGUGUUAGGAAGGUUUUCAUGAAUUUUAGUAUGUAACAGGCGCUGACAAGAAAUGAUAGUUGGAUGACAUGAAAUGAGAAAGCCCUGCACCUGGGGCUCCCACGGGCACCGUAGGGACCUGGCCAGAAGGUGCACGCUGGCACCCCAUCCCCUUCCCUGCCUCCUGGGUUUUCCUUUUUUCUCUGAAAAAGUUAUAGUUAGGAAGGAGUAUUUCAGACCUGUUUGGUUUAAAAUAAACACAACUUAGUAUCAGAAUUUUUCAGAGGCUGUAGGCAAACCACCAAGGUGAUCAUUCUUUGCCUUGAAAUGCAUUGCCUGUGAUGUGGAUGAAGGCACCUGUUUGCACCCCUGCCCAGUUUGCUGCCCCUGCCUGGGCUGGGGUGCAGUCCAUUCUUCUGAGUAAGUCUUAAUGCCCGCAAAACAUGCCUUCUCAGACACUGAGGCCCCUCACCUUUCCUGGCCUCUGGCAAUUUUUUACUAAAUUUUUGCAGUCAAGUCUGUCCACCCAUCAAUUUUUAAAGCUUUUAUGAUAUUUUAGCGUUUGGAAAGAAACUUUUACAGUGAGAGUAGAAGAUAGAUUUGGAAUCAUGUAGCAGAUGUGAACAGUUAACGCAUUUUAGCUCAUGGACUUGAGAGGAAACGAGGACCCUCAGUGCAGUGCGUUCACGUGCUGGUGCUCCUCUCCAGAGCUGGUGCGAGCAUGUUGGGGCGGCACUGGAUUUUGAGAACAGCCGCCUGGUGCAGCCAGGUGACUAGAUGGCCCCUGUGGACAGGUGUGGGGUAGAUCUGUUCCCACUGAGUCCCAGCAGUCCAAGUUGGUUGUGAGCCGUUGGCUCCCCGCCCCUGGCACCUGUUCAGGGCACCGUGUGCUCAUGGCACAGUGCUGGACACCUCCCCUGUGGGUGGUGUUUUUACAGGAGAGACAGUAUUCUCUAUGCCCUGCUACCCCCCGUGACUGAGGUUGGCGCCUGUGCUGACCUUUGUAAAAGAGAGUCUGCAAAUGAAGUUGCUAUAAUUACACAUUUGCUUCUGUCCUGCCCUGUCUGCAGUUGUGAAUAACCAUUUGACUAUUACUGUUUGCCCUUAAAACAGUCAGAUGCACCACCUCAAACCAAAGCUUUGUGCACACUGGAGGCAGGUGAGCCUCACCGAGGCCUCCCCAAGUCCUUCCUUCCUCUGUCCCGUGUGUGGGUGCAAGUAUCCUGUGAACACAGCCGUACUGCAGGGGCAGAGGGAGCCUGUGCUGAGGCCAUUUCUGGGUGGCCACCACCCUUUGUGUACCUCCCAGGUGGCGGCUGGGCCAUGGCUAUAGGGGUGAGCCUUGAUUGAACGCAUAAAGCAAAACUGUCCAAAAGGAAAUGGCUGGUCUGUUUUUCUUCUGGCUAUGGGUCCUCAACUGGCCAGAGCUACCCUGAAGGCCAGAGCAGCUGAGUGGUGUCCCAACUCCACCCCUAGCUCUUGUGGUCACUGGGAGGUAUGUCCCUUUGGGGAUGGGACUGCAAUGAGGGUGGGGAAGGGCAACAGGCCAGCAUCUUGCUCUGUGCUCCCCAUGCCAUGUGUACAGCUGGCCCUUGGCCACAAGGCCUGUGUCUCUUGUCAGCAGGCUCUCUGCUGGGACACCGGGACUUUUGGCCACACAAAGAGUUG